UUCCGCCAUUGCGAAUGCAAAGUUCGGUUUAAAACUGCGAAGUGCAAAUAUUGUUUAUAGGAAUGCAGAAUAGUUUCAGUGUAGAAAUAAUAAGUGCGUAAUAAAUAUGGAGGAAGAAUAUAUGGACACACAAGACUCCGCCGCGAGUGAUAGUAAUCGCAAUGAUACAAAUGAUAAUAACAGUGAAACAAAAAAUGACUUCGAUUUUGGUUAUGAAGACUCGUAUGAUGAUGAAGACAGUGGAAAUGGUUACCGAGGAGCACCGCGAGGCCGCGGUAAUUUCAGGGGUCGCGGCAGAGGCAUGCCGCCCCCCGGCUGGAUGAACGGACCUCCACCAAUGCGUUUCCGUGGCCGGGGCUACGGCCCGGGCGGGCCUCCGAUGCGGGGCCGUGGGUUCUUCCGCGGCCGCGGCGGUCCCAGAUUCGGUCCGAACGGGGGACCGAACUUCGACAACAACUGGGGGCCAAUGGGACCGCCCCCGCCCGGUAUGAUGGGCGGCCCGCCGCCGUUUGGCCCACCGCCGCCGGGCAUGAUGCCGCCCGGCGGGCCGAUGGGACCGCCACCGAAUAUGAUGGGACAGCCCCCGCCGUUUGGCCCGCCAGGCAUGCCGCCGCCUAAUAUGCCGCCGCCAGAAAUUUGGGUAGAGACGAAAUCGGAAGAGGGUAAAUCAUACUACUACCACCACAGGACGAGGGAAACUACAUGGACUCGCCCGCAGGAGAGCCCCACGUGCAAGGUGAUCACGCAAGCGGAGAUGGAGGCUAUGGCUUCUAGCGGCCAGCAUCCAGGCAUGGGCAACCAAUCCAUGCCGAUGGGCAACCCGAUGGGGCCCCCCAUGGGCAUGAUGAACGGCAUGAUGGGCAUGAUGCCGCCCGGCGUGGGGCCCCAAGGUGGGGGCCCCGGCGCUGUGCCCCCGUUUAUGACGCAGCCCCCGCCGUGGGUUAAGGAGGAUGGCCAGAAUGACAUUACUGCGAAACAAGACCAACCCGAAGCGGCAGUUGACAUGGACGAAAUGCCGCCGGGCGAAUCUAUACAGAAUAAUCAGCAGAUGCCCAAUUCAGCACCGCAAACGACAACAGCGCCAUCGGGGCCCCCGUUAGGCCCUGGGGCCCUGGGACCCAACGCGACCGGGCCCCCGACGGGCACCUGGGGACCCUGGGGAUGGGGCCCACCGCCGAUGGUAGCGCAGCCCGGCUUUGUAGCCCCCGAGGGGAACGGCGCCCCACAACCAGCGGCGAAUCAAAUGAACGCACAAGUGACAAACGACACGGAUUCACCGAUAGUUUUAGAUGGUACACCGCCGCCCUCUAAGAAGGAACCCACCGUGAUACCCCCAGAAUUAGAAGCGGCAGCAGCAGAGUGGACUACACAUGUAGCCCCGGACGGAAGGGCGUACUACCACCACGCGGCUCGGGCGCAGAGCGUGUGGGUGAAGCCGGAGCCGCUGCAGAGGCUCGAGGAAUUAAAAGCCAAAAUUGCCUUCGAAAAGGGAGAGAAGACAGAGAAGAAGAAUGACCCAAUAAUACUUGACGGUGUCAUAGACGUCGACGAGCUAACCGACGCGGAAGCGGCCGCGGAAGCUGCGCGAGUAGAGAAGGAGAGAGCGGAGAGAGAGAAGGAGGAGCGCGAGCGGGAGGAGAGGGAGCGAGAGGAGAGGGAGAGGGCCGAGCGGGAGAGAGCGGAAAGGGAGAAGCCGAAGCCGGACAAGAAGAGGCCGGUGACGAGCAUGCCUAUAUCUGGGACUCCAUGGUGCGUGGUAUGGACGGGCGACGGGCGCGUGUUCUUCUACAACCCGACCGUCCGUCUGUCUGUGUGGGAGCGACCGGCACAACUGCUGGGCCGCAAAGACGUGGACGCGGCCGUCGCUCAGCCGCCGCACUUGGCGCAGCCGCGCAAAGACACGGCGGUGACUACGCCGUCGAAGACGAACGGUGAACUGAAGCGAGGCAUCGAUUCGGACAGCGAGUCCGAUACGGACAUCAAGAAGAGCAAGAAGGACGAUGCAGUAGCGGCCACGGCCGGCGUCAACACAGCCACUGCUCCAGCAGCAGCAGCAGCAGCAGCAGCAGCAGCAGCAGCAGCAGCCCGCAAGCCGAAGCUGGACGCGAGCGCAGCGCUGGAGGCCGAGAUGCUCGCUGCUCGGAAGCGGCUCGAGCUGCCGUUCGAGCAGCGCGUCGCCGACUUCCUGCAGCUGCUGCGCGAGAACGACGUGUCCGCGUUCAGCCCGUGGGAGAAGGAGCUGCACAAGAUCGUGUUCGACGGCCGCUACCUGCUGCUCGAGUCCAAGGAGCGCCGCCAGGUGUUCAACAAAUACGUGCGCGACCGUGCCGAGGAGGAGCGCAAGGAGAAGCGGAACAAGUUGCUGCUGAAGAAACAAGCGUUCAAACAGCUCAUGGAGGAGGCCAAGUUGCACGCUAAAUCGUCAUUCACGGAGUUCUCGACGAAGUACUGCCGCGACGAACGGUUCCGCGGUAUAGAGAAGCCGCGCGAGCGCGAGGCGUGCUUCAACGAGCACGUGGCCGAGCUGCGGCGUAGGGACAAGGAGGAGAAGGAGAGACGACGGGAGACGGCGAAAACCGACUUCAUACAACUGCUCAAAGACAAGAACGUGGACCGUCACUCAAGAUGGAUAGAAGUCAAAAAGAAGAUUGACCUGGACGUGAGGUAUAAAGCGGUUGAGGGUAGCACGCUGAGGGAGGACUACUUCAGGGAGUACUGCAAGAUGGUCAAGGAGGAGAGGAAGAAGGAUAAGGAGAAGGAGAAAGAGAAGGAGAAGGACAAGGAUGGGAAGGAGAAGGAUCGCGAACGCAGCAGCAGGAAAGACAAAAAGGAGAAGGAUAGGGACAAGGAUAAGGAAAAGGAGAAGGAGAAAGAGAAAGAUAAAGACAAGGAGAAGGAGCCAAAGAAAGAUAAGAAGAAAGAUAAGAGCGAGAAACAGGAGCCGACUGAGGACGAGAAGAAACAACCGACGCCGCCUCCAGACCAGUGGGCGGAGAUACUCGGCAUACCCGGCGAAGACGACUCGAAGUCUGACUCCAAGUCCGACACCAAGUCGAAGCCGUCUGACAGGAGCGAGGAGUCGUCUGACAACCCCGUCUCCCCGAAACAGUUGCGAUCCUCGAAAAAAGAAGCCCCCACACCAGAAAAGAAGUCCCCCCUGAAAUCUCCACUCGCUUCACCCCUGAAGAAACGGAAACAGGACUUCAAGUCGCCGGAACCGGAAGUGAAGGGCAAGAAGAAAACGGAAAAGACUGAGAAGCGGAAACGGAAGUCGGAGAAAGAAUAGUGUUUGCUGAAGGUGUUCUGCAGGCGGGCGACGUACAGGCGAUGGAGGAACUAUUAAAUGGUUGUGAAGUGUAUAGAUAGUGACUUAGUGUGGAGUGGUUCUCGUAUUGAUCAUUGUGGGGGUUUAGAUUGGUGAUGCGUGGAUUGAAUAGAAAAGUUUGAGCGCUCUUUUUCCAAAAAUAGGACGGUAUAAAUAGGUCAUAACUUGUGUACUACUACGCCCUUUUUUGGUAGAUAGAAAUCGGUAUAGUACAGAGUGUGCAGAAUUUUUACUACUCGUUUGUCAGAAAAAUGAAGGUCGUUAUUGCAGGGUGUUCAUAAUUUGCUUGCACUUAACGCUCGUUUUUGUAAGAAGACAAGAGGUUAUGUACUACAACAUGUUCUUAGUAAGAUUUGUGGUGUUAAAGCACUUAUUUUAAUAAAAAAAAAAAAAAAAUCAUUUAUUGAUCAAUUUGUGGGUUAGGUACAAACAUGUAACAUUUGGACCCCAAACUAGGACAGCCUGUAUUUUGGGGUCCACCUUCCUUAAUGACACAAUAAUAACAAAACUAUAGCAUAAUAUUAACUUAAAUAAUGAUUAAAUGGUCAAAAGUUUUAUAUAUCAAGGACAUUACUAUGUUAUUUCCAGCCUAAUUCGCGCGAAGUCGCUGUCGUGUUUCCACACUGGAUGUAAUACUGCUUUAAGACAUCGUGGUAGGCUGUAUACUGAUUUUUCGGUUAUUUACUAUUGAUGUAUAAUAAUUUUUUAACCAUAUAAAUAAUUUUCGAUUGAGCAAGAACUGAAAGUGACACGCAUCUACCAAUUUAAAUCUUUGAAAGAGUGUAUACAGACAAUAUUACCAGUAACUCAAAUAUAAACCGAUCCAAUAAAUGAUUGAAUUAAAAGAAAUGUCAUUCGAUUAUUUUAUGACACAUUAUGUAAUAUAACGAACCGCCUUAUAACGUAGUUUCUAUUUAAGGCAAUUGACAACUUAAUCUGUGAAUAUAGUGCGCUCUCUUUCUAUCAAACGGACAUUAUUACAUGUGCGAGAGAGACGACAUGAUUUCUACCCGGACUUACAAAAUGACCAAAAGUGUACUGUAAAAACGAAAGUGUAAAUAAUCGCAAGUACUAUAACUAUAAUACUGGACCCUCAGGGAGCGCGUGAUCGUAGUUUAAAGUCCAGGGACGCCUCUCCACCCUUAGCUGCUCACAAUAUGUUGCCCCCUUGUCGCACUAUUGCAGCGACUUAUUUCGGGGGCCCAUACAGUGAGAGGGCGAGUCACCACCUGCCAACAUAUUUUUACUUUCUUUUAGUAGAAAGGCAGGUGCCAUAGUUUCCAAUAGUCCCCAAAUACCGGCCCAU